CCAGAGAGCAAAGACGUCUGAAAUCAAUUUAAAAAAAUCAAGCUUGUUUUAUUCCAUUCCUCUCUCACUUUAUUCUCUUCUCAUGUCCGGUCUCAAAGUCAAGGACAUCUUACUCGAUCCUAGCGACUUCGAUCCCACCACACUAUACACGCCAAACACCUUCUGGCAUCGGGAGCGAACCGCGAUUCAAUUUGUGCAUCGCACUGAAGGAGGGUGUAAUCACGGUCUCUUGAAGGGUAGCCCUGACAGUCAACUCCCGACUUUUAGACCUGUGGGUUAUGGAGGCUCAGUUGGCGCACCAAAACGGAAUGAUUGGAGCUUUCGUUUCAGUUGCAGAAGGCACAAAAGACCAACAAAAUUGACUAUCACCCGCGACUCUGUUGGUGCAGCCUGUCCUGUCGAGAUCAGGAUGACAAAACCAGUCGGUAAAGAGGUAGUGAAUGUCUCGUACAAAUGGAGGCAUUCUCAUGACGAUUCUGGCUCAGCAAGAUCGAGGAUUCCUUUGGGCAGAAAUGAACGAACUUGGACCGCAAAGCAGGCUCGCAGCGGUAUGAAAUGGGCAGCAAUAAAGGCAUUGCUGCGUCCCAACAAAAACAAAGAUCCCGAAAAAUUAAAGGCCCUGCUGCUCCUUUGUACUACAUGAAGUACAAUGAUGUGCGUCCUGUUUUUUGCUUAGUCCACCGAGUUCCAGUUGGAAGUG